UGAUUUUCGUUCGUCGUCUAGUCGCGUUGUAGUUGUAAAUAUUUAGCGCAAUCGGGGCCCGUUGAAAGUGGCAGGCAUGUAGGCUUAUUGAUGCAUUUGAGCAGUUUCACCUACUUUCGUACAUAGCACUAUCGAUACCUUUAUAACAAGUCUGCAUCACUAUGCUUAUUUUUGUUUGUUGCUGAGUGUUGCUGAGCAACCGGUUUUAUUUGGUACAGGAAUAUCCAGAUUUUUUUCUAUGUUAACAAAACAUCAACAAAUAGAUACUUAUGACAAUGGUAUUCACGUAAAUAAGCAAAUUGGAACAAAUAAAAAAUUAACAACAUGACUUCGCCCAAAUUGCUGUACACAAUAGAGCAGCCCCAUGGAUUGGGAGAGCUGUAUUUUCUGUGGCAGAAGGGAGAGUCUCGCUCUUUGCUAGCUACAACUGGGACCGAUGCCACUGUGGCCAUACACGAUAGGACGGGGCAGCUUUUAGAGAGGAUUAAGUUACAGGGACUAUGUGCGGGCAUGGAAUGGGAUAACGAUGGAGAUUACUUGGCAGUAAUUACUCCAAACAGCAACUCUGUACUUCUAUGGGAGUGCCAUGCCAACAAACGGAUGAAUAUAGAGACAGGACUCCGAGAACCACCGUCCUGCCUUGCGUGGGCAUAUGGGGAGCCCUUGCUGGCUAUUGGAACACAAAAAGGAAACUUGGCUUUGUACAAUCAUCACACUACAAAGCGUAUACCAAUAAUAGGGAAACACACCAAGAAAAUUACAUGCGCUGCUUGGAACAAGGACAGCAUUUUGGUUUUGGCUUCAGAGGACAAGAAUUUGUCGAUAAACAACUCAGAUGGCGACACCUUGCGGAUGAUUUCCCUCCGGGAUGCUCCAAAUGACUUGCAGUUUUCGGAAAUGAAAACUGAUGAAAGAGUAGCAGGAGAAAAUACAAUAAGCCUAGUGGUCGGAAAACGCACCUUAUAUUUAUACAACCUACUCAAUCCUGAAAACCCAAUCGAGUUAGCGUUCCAACAGCGCUACGGGUCCAUAGUAUCCUACAAGUGGUAUGGCGACGGCUACAUACUGAUCGGAUUCAGUGCUGGGUUCAUCAUAGCGAUAUCUACGCAUAUCAAGGAAGUCGGUGAAGAACUGUUCCAAGUGAAAAACCAUAAGGAAAACCUGACUGAUGUGGCGAUUUGCAAUGGGCAAGCCGCUUCUUGUGGGGAUGGGCAACUAAAACUAAUCUCAGUAUGGAACAGCGGCGAAGUGGUCGGCACAGUGUCUCCCGCCGGCGGCGCCGAGCGUUGCGGCUGGAGUAGCGACGCGCGCUUGCUAGCGGCUGCGGGCCGCGCGCGUCUUAGCGUAUAUGUAGCCAGUCUGCCGGCCUUGCACGCGGCGCAUGGGACCCGUUUGUUGACGUUGACCAGCCUCACUGAGGCUACUGUGUACCAGUGUAUCGCUGUGGGAGAUGAGUCCGAGCCAGUAAAUAAAGCGGAGCCCACAGCCUUAGCGACAUACGCUCUCCCAACCGAGCCAACCCUACUAGCCUUAGGCGGUGCCCACGUAUGCUGCGUAAGCGGGGUCCACGCCUGGUUCUAUCCCCUGGCCGGCGGCACCGCGUCCAGAAGACAGUACCCGGGCCCGGUGGACGCUAUACGGGUGGCAGGGGACUACGCUGCUGCCUUGUUCCAGGGACGGGCUAUGCUGCAUGCUAUUGACUCUCCUGACCCAACGCAGCCAGAGCGAGAAGCUUUAUUAUUCCCGGAGCCGCAUAUGCAACCCGCAAAAAUCGUCGACAUUCAUCUUACCAGCGACUUCUUCAUUUUUGUUACUGAUCAAGGUCACAUCGAGUACUUCGGCGUGGAAGAAUGGCGGACGUCCGUCCGCUACCGGCACAGCUGCGGCGUGCUGGCGCUAUACUGCGACAUCGGCGGCGCGCGCGCCUGCGUGGCGGACGAGCGGCGCCGUCUGCACGUGUACUGCCCGGCGGCGGACGACCUGUGCGCCGUGCCGCAAUUCCAAUUUUCCAGGGGCGUGAUCUGGGACAUCUGCCUAUCAGACCGCAACGUGUUCGCUGCGCACCGCGACGAGGCCAUCGAGACGUACUACUACGCCGCUAACUCCAUCAACGGCUCGCACGUGGACUUCGUGGCCACCACCACAGUACUGGCCUCGCAAAUACCGCUGAUACUGUUCUCUGGGGAUGUGUAUUGCUACGCAAGCGGCGGGAACGUUACCAAAGUAUCCCUCGAGAGCCACAGUACAAGCGGGCUAGCGGACGCGGACGGCGAGAAACGGCUGGCCAACCAGCGGCGUCACGUGGAGAAACUACUUCUGCUGCGGCGCUUCAGCGAAGCUUGGUUGUUUUGCGACGCGGUGGACGAGCCCGCGCUCUGGCGGACCAUGGGAGAAGCAGCUGUAGCUGACUUGAACGUGGAGUUUGCAAUUCGAGUGUACACUCGGCUGAGCGACGUGGCAAUGGUGUGGGCCUUAGAAGACGCUUCUCAUAUUGAAGACCUGCCGAUAUUGUGCGGCGUGCUAUCCGCUUGCCUCGGCAAAGGCGAUGCAGCGGCGCGCUGGCUAGAAUCCAGCGGGAGUGACGUCACCGCCGCCAAAUACGCCCUAGAGCUCCACGCAGCAAGAGGAGACUGGGCCAGGGCGGCUGCCAUCGCCGCUCGGGCUUGUCCGGCCCGGCUGCCGGCGAUAUUGUUACACCAGGCUAAUCAUCUUGAACUCACAGCGGACUACCACGAAGCCCUAGCGAACUACGAGAAGGCCCUAAUCACCACGAAUGUAGACGAGCCCAAAGUUCGCGAGCACAACGCUAAAUGCGAGGCCGGUAUCGCUCGCAUGUCAGUGCGAUGUGGUGACGUAGCGCGCGGCGUGACGGUGGCCAUGAAGCAUGCCAGUGACGUCAUGCUGCUGAAAGACUGCGCUCAGUUGCUUGAGGAGGAGAAGCAGUAUAGUCAUGCGGCUGCUCUAUAUGAUCAUGCUGGCAACACCGAAAAGGCUGCCUCUUUAUACAUCAAACUCAAAUCCUGGUUGAAAGUCGAAGCUUUGUUGCCCAAAAUUAACUCCCCUAGCAUCCAUAUCCAAUACGCCAAAGCCAAAGAGGCCGAAGGCAGAUAUACCGAUGCUUUGAAAUCGUAUCUCAAAGCCCAAGAUUACGAAUCUGCAAUACGUUUGAAUCUAGAUAAGCUAGAUGAUAUUGAUGAAGCAGUGAACUUAGUGCAAGAAACAAAAUCGGUGCAGGGCGCCAAAAUGGUCGCAAACUAUUUCCAGAACAGCGAUGAUCCCUCAUCGGCUAUAAGGUUCUUAGUGAUGUCCUUAUGCUACGAUGAAGCAUUUCAACUGGCACGAAAGAAUGGGAAGCUGCAUUUGUACGGGGAAAUACUUAUACAGACUUCGCAAGCGAGGCCAGAAGAUUUCAAGAGCUUGGCGUUGCAUUUUGAGGGGGAGAAGAGGCAUUUGCUAGCUGGGAAGUUUUAUUUUCAUGCGGGGGAGUAUAGUAAAGCGAUGUCGCAUUUGCUGAAGGCUGGAGGGUCGGAGGAGGAAGAAAAUGAGGCCAUUAGCGUGGCCAUUGACGCGGCUGCGGCCAGUGAUGAUGAAAGGUUGACGCGAAGAUUGAUAGAGUUCCUUCUGGGAGAGACAGACGGCACGCCGCGGGAGCCUCGUCAUUUGUUCCGGCUUUACAUGGCGAAGCGACAGUUUACGGAGGCGGCAAAAACUGCGGUGAUAAUCUGCGGCGGCGAGUGCCGCGCGGGCCGCUACCGCGAGGCGCGCGACGUGGUGCGCGGCAUGUGUGCCGCGUUGCGCGCGCGCCGCCUGCCCGUGCCGAGAGACAUGCGUCGAGCGCUUGCCCUGCUGCACUCGUACGCGCUGGUACGCACGCACGUCAAGCGCAGCCGGCACGACUUGGCAGCAAGACUGUUGCUGAGAACAGCCGCUGACAUCUCCUUUUUCCCGACGCAGCAACAUCAAGUGUCCAUCCUGACGUCGGCCGUGAUCGAGUGCAGCCGCGCCGGGCUCAAGCACCAGGCGCACCAAUGGGCCCGGAUCCUUAUGCAGCCGGAGUAUCGCUCGCAAAUCGACCCAAAAUACAGCAAAAAGAUAGAAUCCGUGGUGAGGCACGCGCCGCGAGACAACCCGCCGGCCGAGCCUGCCGCGCCGUGUCCGCAAUGCGACGCACCACUACCCAUAGCCGAGUUGAGAUGUACUCGCUGCGAAGCGGACUUGCCCUUCUGUCUCGCUUCUGUAAGUUACCUAUACGACCAUAGAUGA